AUGUACCCGAAUGGUUUGGUUGAAUGUAUGAUCAAAAAAGCACACGAAAAGUUUACAAAGAAUGGAGAUGUGAAACCGAUCAAAGAGAAACUCCCGAUAGCUGCCGUACCCUAUGUUAAAGGCCUGUUUGAGAAACUGAAAGCCAUAUGCAAGGAUGAUGUCAUGCUGGUUGGAAAAGGCGACAACACGUUGAAGAAGUCUAUUUUUAGUAGACUCAAAGAUCCGACGCCAAAGUUACAUUGUUCACAUUUGGUGUACUGUAUUCCCUGUUCGUGCGGGUACAAAUACGUUGGCCAGACAUUACAGCUUUUGAAGGACAGAAUCUAUCAACAUAAGUACAACAUAAGCAUUAAGAACAGUAACCACAGUGCCUUAUGUGAUCACGCUAUUACGAACAAUCAUACACCGUUGUGGGAUAAAGUUAAAAUUGUUGUUCGUGAAAGUCAGCAGAAGAAAAGAGACAUUUUAGAGAUGAUUGCGGUGAAGAAGACACCGAAUUGUCUGAAUAAACACACCGAUUGUAUAAUGUUAUCUACUGCCUAUAAUAACGUGAUUUGA